AUGUCAGCCGAUUUCAUUGCGGCAAACGCCGGCAUCGCAAUUGAUAUUGUUGUGUCAAUGGCAUGCCUUGUGUCAAUGUUUAGCGCCAAACCUACCAGGCGCAAAGACAAGCCCGCACCUCUACUGAUUGCUCUAGGCAUUAUCAACGUGGCACUUGUAACCCAGAGCGCGUUCAUCAACUCAGUAGUCCUUACUGCCUCUUUGUCUGCCACAGUCUCACUGACGGCGUAUUCGGCAUUUUGCCAUUAUUUGAACACCAGCUGCAGCAGCAGCAAUGCGCUCGCAUGUCUUCAUUUGGCCAGACUUUACCGAUUAGUCCAGUUGCCACUACUGCUGUAUCUGCCAACAACCGCAGCCAGUGCGGCAAUUCACCUUUGUCUUGCGUGGUAUGCGCUGGAUCCGCAGUUGAAAAGCAUCAUUGUGUUCCAUCUCAAGGGCGUGUGCGCACUUGAUGGGUUUGUAAUUGUCAAGAUUUCCCGCGGUCGCAACCUUGUCAUUGACGAUCUCACCAACCGCAGCUUUGAAAAGAAAUUUAGCGAGGACAGCAAGAAAGCGGUGUUUGACCCAAGACAGAGGUUCUUUAUCAUCCGCGGGCUAAUCAUGGCCGAGUGGAAGGGGCUUGCCACGAUGCUUGUUGCUGAUACACUUAUUAAUGUAGCACUUCACUGGCGCAAACUCCUGUUUGUUGGCAUUCUUGCGGCCAUAAGCACCCCGGGCCCUGUUGACUUCCCGAGCUUGGCUGUGCUUCUUGUUAUCUGGCAACUGUUGUUAUUCGCUCAUAUAGCCAGUGAUUAUAUCUCAACCACACGGGAUUUAUUGAAGAAGAAGAUGCAUGCACUUCUUCGUAUUAAAUCGCUGGAGUUUUUUAUGGCGUCCAAUUGCAAUAUUAACAGCACGUGGACCUUUAAUAGUCGGAUUGAAGACAUUGUGUUCGGCAUUUCUUCUCUUCUUGGCGCCCUCAGUUCAGCGUUUGGUCAGUUCUUCAACGUGUGGAUCAUCUACAGAGAGAUCGGCUGGCAUAUUACCAUUCCCGUCGUUAUCACCCUCACUCACCAACUGUUCUCCCACUUGGUUUCCCAAAAGAUCGAGCACUUGAGACAACUAAAUAGGGCGACCAGGGUGCCCAGGUUUCAAGAUGACUACUUCAACAUAAUCGACAACAUUCGCACAAUCAAGUGUUAUGCCUGGGAAAAGGUGUUCAUGGGUGCGAGGUCGUGGUAUGACUUGCCGGAGUAUGUGCCGCCAAUGGCCUGGAAUAUGGCAAGCUACAGUGUCGACCUCAUUGGGUGCGCGUCCUCACAGAUUUCCGCGGCGCUGACAAUUAUCAUUUUCUUCAGCACGUCCAGCAAACCAGUAUCAUAUGCAGGCGUCGCAUUGCUAAUGGGUUCGAUUGACUCGCUCACAGAAUUCACAAAAAAGAUUGCUUCCGUUGGAAAAGAAAUUGCCAAAAUCAACAAGGGCGUGGCCUUCAUGCAGACGCUUGUCGAUGAUGAGCAAAAGGUAUUCAUUACACACGUACCAGAGACCUCCGAGGAUGGCGUUGCGGUGGAGCUCGACAACUGUGUAUUAAGCUGGGGCGAGAACAAGUUUGCACUGGAUCCAAUCACGAUGUGCGUCAAGGCUGGCGAGUUUGUCACGAUUAUUGGGCGUGUUGGCGGCGGCAAGUCAUCGCUCCUUUCAGGGCUGUGUGGCGAGAUGCCCGUGGUUGGUGGACAUGGCCGCGUGUACGGAAGAAUUGGCUACGUCAGCCAGAAGCCGUACAUUAUGAACGACACAUUUCGCGAGAAUGUGCUCAUGGGCGCCGAGUACGACGAGAAGUGGAUGCACCAGGUGCUGGAAGCAUGCGCCCUGUCCGAGGAUGUCGAGCAGUUUGCAGCUGGUGAUCUGUCAGAGAUUGGAUACAAAGGCAUUAACCUGUCCGGUGGUCAAAAGGUGCGACUGGCACUAGCGAGGGCGCUAUACCUAAAAGCAGAUGUUUACAUCUUCGACGACUUGCUUGCGGCUGUCGAUGCGCGGGUCGAGCGCCUCAUUGUUGAGCGUGUUUUGGCAUCUGGCGGCAUCAUUGGCGGCAAAGCGCGCAUUCUAGUCACUCAUGCCGAGCAUCUAGUGCCACUGAGCAGCAAGGUCAUUACGCUUGCAGAGGGGCAUGCUGAGAUUUCCGAGCAGCAGCCGGUUGAUUUUGUGUCUCUUGUCAACACAGAUGAGCACAUCUCCGAAUUGUCAACAGAGAACGACUCGCCCAGAAUCGCUGACACCAAAUCCAGCGAGUUUACUAUUUACCCCAAGCUGAAGGACCCGCCGUUCAAGAUGUGGCAGCUGUGGAGGUUUACCAAGCUCAGCGGGUACGAGGCUGUCGCCAUUGUAGUAUUGAUCCAGCUUGCCAAAGUUUAUGCCAUCUACUAUGCUGAAAGCUUGCGAAUCGAGCUCAUGGUCGACAGCAAUCCCGACACGAUGCGCCAGUCGAUGAGCAGGUAUCUAAUUGUCAAUGCGCUUAUAGAGAUUGGUCGCAUGCAGGUGAACUCAUUUGAGUUGUGGAUCAGGAAGGUUUUGUGGACCAAACCCCUGUCAGAGCAGAUGCGUCGCAAGCUUGUCGGUUUAUUUCUUUCAAUGCCGCUCACAGUGGUUGAGGGUCUCUCUCGCUCCCAAAUUAUCGACAUACUUAUGAACGACCAGUAUCGCAUCACCCGUUCUCUUCCUUAUGUCUUGUGCAACUCUGUGUUUAACGGGUUUUCAGCUGCUACUUCCAUACUUCAGGUCAUGAAGACAUCGCCAAAAGUUCUGCUGCUGUGUUUACCCAUGCUUGGAGCGAAUGUCUCGUAUCAAAUGCUUUCUAAUGCCCUGGAUACCGUAGUUUGGGGCCUGGGAAUCAAGCACUUUUAUCAGCAUUCUGAUAAAUUUAACAGUGUGAUCCUUCAAAACAGAACUCUGCUUCGGAUUCACAGAUGCGCUGACCAGUACCUAGACCGCUUCAGAGCCUCGAUUGCCGACAGGGUAUACUACAAUUAUUUGCGCAGUCGAUUGCUUGGGUCGAAUUGGAUUAUACGGACCAUUUGCACAGAGCUCAUCCGCAGCGGAAUCUUGCUCUUUAACAUUCGUCGGCGUCUUUACACUGGCACACCUGUGCUCGCUGGAGAGGUCGACGUGAUGAUAUCGUUGGCGCUGAAUAUGUUUAGUCGUGUAAAAAGUCUAUCCUGGAUCAUCAAUGGCUUUGGGGAUAACACCCGUUCACUUUCCCGCUACUACCAAUUUACUGAACAGUUGGAGCGCGAGGCACCGGCGGUCAUUGAGAAUGCAAGGCCAGAGCCCAGUUGGCCGCAGAAUGGCGUGGUUGAGUUCCACGAUUACAGCAUGCGCUACCGCUCAGAGUUGGACCUGGUUCUCAAAGGGCUCAACUUUUCGGCACGAGGCGGCGAGAAGAUUGGCAUUGUCGGCCGCACGGGUGCAGGCAAGAGCUCGAUCACAUACGCACUGAUGCGCUUGGUCGAGUCAGCUAGCGGCCAGAUCAUCAUCGACGGCAUUGACAUUUCGACAAUCGGACUGCAGGACCUCCGGUCGCGCAUUGCCAUCAUUCCGCAGGACCCGGCACUGUUUGAAGGAACCGUCCGCGACAAUCUUGAUCCAACCAACAAGUACACUGAUGAAGAAGUCUGGGCGGCUAUUCGUGCAGGCCAGGUUGGCGAUAUUUUCGAUACUCCAACAGAGAAGUACGAAAAGCCCCCGGAUGACGAAUAUUCCAACAAAGGGCCGUGGGUUGAGGGUGUCGGGCUGAACAAAUGGGUAGAAGACGGCGGAGGUAACUUCAGUGUCGGGCAGCGGCAACUCAUCAGUCUUUGCAGGGCUCUGCUUUGGCAGCGCAAGAUUGUCAUUCUGGACGAAGCGACAGCCAACAUGGAUUCCAAGACUGACCAGGUUAUGCAGGAGGUGAUCCGCCGCGAGUUUAAGGACUGCACUGUGUUGACCAUUGCACACCGACUAGGCACUGUGAUGGAUAGCGACCGCAUCCUGGUGAUGGAUCACGGCCAGAUGGCAGAGUUUGACUCACCUAAAAACCUACUUGCUGACAAGAACAGUCAUUUCUCGCAGUUGGUCGAGAGCAUGAAUCUCAACCAGGGCAAUUGA